AUGAUGAAACCAAAAGUCCUUAGUGGUGCGGCUAAAAGGAAGAAAAAUAAAGAGCAAAAAGAAAUUAUUUUAAAAAAUGAAAAUGACCAUCUAGAACAUGGGGUUGAAUCAGAUAUUAUAUUGGACACUGAAUCACCUGCAAUAAAUGAUGAAAAUAACCAUCUAGGACAUGGGGUUGAAUCAGAUAUUAUAUUGGACACUGAAUCAUCUGCAAUAAAUGUGGCAAAUACUACACUUGAUUUGAAUUCAGAAUACCCUACUGAUAGAGGUAAAUUCUCUGACAACAUUACUGAUUCUAACUUAAAGAAACAAAUCAUCGCAUAUGGUCCAUGUAAGCCAACAAACAAAUAUCUUUUGAAAAAUGUCAGUUUGAAAAAUUCUGGUCGUUCUUUUUCAAUUGAUUAUUAUCACUUGACUACUAUAACUGGAAUGAAAAUUCCAAGGCAAUGGUUAUGUUUUUCAGUUAUAAUGAGUAAGGUAUACUGUGAAACUUGUUGGCUCUUUGCCAACAGAUUAAACGCAAAUUUCAAGUAUAACUGGAUUCAUGGUAUAUGUGACUGGCAAAAUUUGAGUACUAAAAUAAUGAAACAUGAAAAAUCCCAUCAACACUUAGAAGCUGUUCAAAUACGAUUACUUUGGAUUAAAAAUGAAACAAUUGAAAAAAAUGUAGAAAAACAAAUAUCGAUUGAAGCUCAAUUUUGGAAAGAUGUUUUGACCAGAUUAAUAAAAAUUAUUCUAAGUCUUACUGCUGGAAACUGUGCAUUAAGAGGAAAUGAAGGGAAAAAAAAUACUGAUUCAGAAGGAAAUUUUCUACGCACCGUUAAACUUAUUGCUGAAUAUGAUCCUGUAUUGAACAAGUUACUUUACAAUGAAGAGAUGAAAAUAAAAUAUCUUAGUUGGAAAAUACAGAAUGAGCUCAUAGAACUUUUGGCAUCAAAUGUUAAAAAAAUAAUCUGUGACGAGAUUCGAAAUACUCAAUGCUUUACUAUAAUAAUGGACUCAACCCAAGAUAUCACAAAAGUAGACCAGGUUAGUUUAAUUAUAAGAUAUGUUAUAGUUGAUUAUGAAGAAAAAUCUUUUAAAAUAAUGGAAUCUUUUUUGGGAUUUUAUCCAUUAAUCAAGCAUGGUGCUGAAGAUCACGUUAAUUUAAUUUAUGAAAUAUUGAACAAUUGUAAAUUGGACAUAAAAAGAUGUAGAGGUCAAGGGUAUGAUGGGGCAUCAGUUAUGAGUGGUGCAUAUACUGGUGUCCAAAAAAGGAUUUCAGAUAUUGUACCAAGUGCUUCCUACAUUCAUUGCACAGCUCAUAACCUCAAUUUGGUUAUUUCUGAUAUUGCUAAAAGCUCUCAAAAAGUAGCUUUAUUCUUUGAUAUUGUACAAGAUAUAUUUCUGUUCUUUAGCAAGAGUGCACCUAGAUGGACAUCAUUGGCUUUUGGUGAGAAGACCGCAGAUCAAAUAAGAAAUAAAGUAUUAAAAAAAGUUGACAAAACUGAUGAAAAAAAUAGAGCCAAAUCACUGAAAAAAAAAAUGGAAUCAUUUGAAUUUGUUAUGUUAAUGACCAUAUGGGAAAAUAUUUUAAAACCUUUAUCAAUUGUAUCAAAGGUAUUACAAUCACCACAAACCAAUCUUCACAAGGCAUGUGAUUUAUUGCAAGGAACAAUUUUGUCAAUUGAAAAAAUGAGAGAUGGUUAUGAUGAACUUGUUGUAUCAGCUACUGGAUUAUGCCAUAAAUGGGGUAUAUCUAUAACAAAACCUACAACCCGUAAAAUAUAUUCAAAACAAUACUGUGGAGAAAUUCAAGGAGAUAAACGAUUAGAUGUGCCUGAAGAAAAAUUUCGUAUAGCAAUUUUUUAUCCUCUCAUUGAUACAGCUUUAUUUCAGUUACGUGAUCGAUUUAAAGGACUUCAUUCCGUUUCAAGAAAUUUUGAAUUUUUACUUCCACAAAAUAUAGUUACUAUGAAAGAGUCAGAAAUAGUUAAAUCUUGUUAUGAUUUCAUAUCAUUUUACAAUAACGAUGUGACAUCAGAUUUAAUAAGACAACUAAUUUCAUUAAAAGAAUUUAUUAAAAAUACAAAAAUUCAAACUAUUCAAGAAUUGACAUCUUUUAUAAUUGAAUAUGAUCUUUCAUCUCUUUACAGUGAAAUUCUCACAGCUUGUAUUAUAUAUUUAAGUCUCCCAGUUACUGUAGCUACGGCCGAAAGGUCAUUUUCCAAAUUAAAACUCCUAAAAAAUUAUCUUCGGAAUUCUAUUUCGCAAGAUAGAUUAACUGGCAUAAGUAUACUUAACAUAGAAAAAUCAAGGACAAAAGAACUAGAUAUUGAAAAAUUGAUAAAUGACUUUGCUAAUUUGAAGUCAAGAAAAAAAAACUUUUUAAAGUAAAAUCUUUGUAUAAUACCUAUAAAUUAUAAUAGUACCUAUUGAUUGUUUAUUUUUUGUUAUUUAAAUUUGAAUAUAAUAUUGUUUAAUAAAUGAAUUACUUUUUAUUAAUUAUUUGACUAUUUGACUACUGAUAACUGAUGUAUUGUUGGAGAUGUGUUUAAAAAUAUGAUGAACUUAAUAUAGCCACAUUACUAUACUGCUUGUCAAGCAGUAUAGAGCUUUAAAAGUUUUAAAAAUUUAGGGCCAUACAUUUUGUCUAGUAUUAGGGAUCUGCCAAAGGUUAUCUGUGCACUGACUUUUUUUCAUUAUACUGUAUAAUGCAAGUACAGGGGCCCCAUAAAGUUUUUAGCAUCAGGGCCCUAUAAAACCUAGUUGCGG